AUGAAGGGUUUACCGCACGGCGUCACCGCACUCGGGUUCCCAAGCUGGGUGGCGGCUGUGCCGGGCAGCGGGCGCACAGACCCCCGCGGGCCCAGGCGCCGGCUCUUGCCCCUUCCUCUGCCGUCCCGGCGGGCAGGCGUGCGCCCAGGGAGGCGCCGCACUUACUGCCCCACGGGCCGCUCCCUGGGGCGGCGUGGCCGAGGAGAGGGCCGCCCAGGCCCGCCCCUUUCGGGUCAGACCCCGGACUCGGCUCCGUGGACGCCCAGGCGCUCCGACGCGCAGGCUCCAAGAGCAGCUCUCCUCUGCUCCCCGCCCAGAGCCCAGCCCUCCGGUGACUCCCGGAGGCCGCCCGGCGGUCCCCGCCCAGGCCCAGCAGGGGGCAGGCCGCGGCACGCGGGGCCCGGCGAGGUCUUCCCGCCGGCAGGGGGCGCCCGAGCUCGGCCUCGCGCUGGCGUCGACGUGGGGGCCGGAAGUCCCGCCCCGGAAGGAGGCGCGGGGAUGGCGGCGGAAGUGGGAGGAGCGUCGCCCUGCAACCCCCGGAGCCGUGCCGCCUGGCGGCGCCGCAGGCCUGCGGACCCCGUUGCCAGCCUGGCUUCCUCACCCCGCCUCCGCCGCCCGCUGUCCGCCACCCCGGCCGCCGCCGCGUCCUUCUCCGGAUGCUGGGCGGCCGGCAGCCGCGUCCGGCUGUUGCAGGCGGUGGACACGGAGCUCACCGCGGAUUCGGUGGAGUGGUGCCCGCUGGAGGGCCGCAGGCACUUGCUGGCGUGCGGCACCUACCAGCUGCGGAAGCCGGAGGGCCCGCCCGCCGACCCGGAGAGCCAGCGCGGCCUGGGUGUUGACGAGGAGCCUCACGUUCGUUUGGGUCGUCUCUACCUGUACAGUUUCAAUGAAGAUGGCUCUCCCUGCCCCCUGGUGGAGAUCCAGAGGAGAGAGACUUCCGCGAUCCUGGACAUGAAAUGGUGCCACGUCCCAGUGGCCGGCCAUGCCCUCCUGGGUGUGGCAGCUGCUGCUGGGUCCAUAGAGCUGCUCCGCCUGGUGCAAUCCGAGCAGAACACUUACACGCUGCAGCCAUUCUCCCGCUUUGCCCUGGAAAAGCAGUGUCUAGCCUUGUCCUUAGACUGGUCCACGGGGAAAGCUGGAAGGGCCAGUGACCAGCCCUUGAAAAUCAUUAGCAGCGACUCCAACGGGCAGCUCCACCUCCUGCAGGUGAGCGAGGCCAGUCCGGGAGUGCAGGCUGUGGGCACGUGGCAGGCCCAUCACUUUGAGGCCUGGAUUGCGGCUUUCAAUUACUGGCAGACGGAAAUCGUGUAUUCAGGUGGGGACGAUGGCCUUCUGAAGGGCUGGGACACCAGGACCCCCGGCCCCGCAGUGUUCACCAGCAGGAGGCACUCCAUGGGCGUCUGCAGCAUCCAGAGCAGCCCCCGUCGCGAGAACGUCUUGGCCACGGGAAGCUACGACGAGCACGUCCUCCUCUGGGACACGCGGAGCAUGGAGCAGCCGUUGGCGGACAUCCCCGUGCAGGGCGGGGUGUGGAGGCUUAAGUGGCACCCUUUCCACGACCACCUGCUGCUGGCCGCGUGUAUGCACGGUGGCUUUAAGAUCCUCAACUGCCAAAAGGCAGCAGAGGAGAAGCAGGAAGCGUGCACAGUCUCUCUGUCCUACACCUUGCCCAACUCACUGGUGUAUGGAGUCGACUGGUCCUGGCUCCACUUCCACCAUCUGCUGCAGACCCAGCCAUCAUCCCACUUGGGGCCUUCUCCCGGCAGUGACCCACGAGCCAAAACAGCAGACCCGGUCUGUACCCCGAAGGUUGUGGGCCAGUCGCCAGCACCCUCGUUUGAGCGUUUAGCAGACAGUGAUGGAGAGGGUCAUACCAAAUGCCAGAGUGGAGGCAAGCUGAAGACUCCUCUCCAGCCACUCACAGAGGACAAGAACGGCGGCCGGCUGCAUGCCUCGGGGGUCAGGGUCUGUGACUGUGACCACUGCCUGGAGGCAGUCAACUGUGACGUCAGCCUUGUAGCCACAUGUUCCUUUUACGAUCAGGCUCUUCACCUCUGGCAGUGGGAGAACAGCUGAGCUAGGGAAGACGUUGCUUGGUCUGACAUCAUAAAGACCAUUUCCAUAAAUAAAACCAAGAGGAUGUCUUUAUCUUUUCUGAGAAUAAAGUGUCCUCAGACAAUUGUA